GAGACCCGACCGAUCGCAAAACGUUUUAUUUUGACUGCAACGGUCCACGUCGUCAACGUGCUCGACCGGAUCGCUAGCGUCAGUCAGUCCACCGACAGCCGUCUUCACGUCCGCAACGGAACACCCGGAGAACGCUGCGCAGACCGUUAACCCCGAACAUACACGUACACGCACACACGAUGAAGACAGCCACGGUGUUGUGCGCGACAGCUGUCGUGUUGAUGCAAGCGUUGUGCAUCACGGCGGCCGGUGGCGAACGUCAACAGCAGUUGCCGCUGUUCUUCCAGGCGGGACGGCCGUUCAACGCGCCAGGUGCGCCGUUGCCCAAGUUCGUGGGCAUCGCCGGCAACCAGCAGCCGCAAGCAUUCCGUACACUGCCGCCUCAGGUAGACGAGGAACAGGAGGACGAGGAACAACAACGUAACGACGAGGAACCGCACCAGCGCAACGUGAUCGCUCCCACGCCGUUGCCUUUCAGGCCGCAGCCGACACAACAGUUCAACCAAUUCCACGCAUCUCCAUCGCCAUCCCCGCAGACCUUGCAACCAAUUCGUAUCAACAGACCCACAGAUACUCCGAUCAGAAGACCACCUCCUCCGCCAUCGUCUCAGUUCAAACCGCUGUCCAGUCAGCCGUUGUCAGAAGAAGCUCAAGAAUUAGAAGAAGAAAAAGAAGAACCCGACCGUCUUACGCAACUGUUGCCCCAGUCCAAAUUUACUUGCGGCGGCAAAAAAACCGGUUAUUACGCUGACGAAGGUCUGGACUGCGAAGUGUUCCAUUACUGCCAAGACAGCGCCAGACACUCUUGGAUAUGUCCAGAAGGUUUUGUUUUCCACCAGGUGCACCUGAUCUGCAUGCCGCCCAGCAGCGAGAACAUUUGCAAGCAGUCCACGCAGUACCACUUCGUGAACGACUUCCUGUACCGGCCGGUGAACACGGAGGAGGCGAACAGCAGACCGAACGUGACGCUGCGCUACGGCGACCGGUACUACCCGGGCAGCAGCUUCGAGGCCGGCGAGGAGUACGACCGCGAGGAGGAGGAACCGACGCAGCUGAGGCAGCAACAGCAGCAGCAGCACCAGCAGCAGCAACAGUUCCGGCAGCAACCGGUGCUUAGGCAACGGGCCCAGCCGCAGCCGCAGCCCACGCACCAGCACGUGCUGUCCACGCCCCGGCCGGUAGUGUUGCAGCAACACCAGCAACAGCAACAACAGCAGCAGCAGCAGCAGCAGCCUCAGUUCGGCAGGCAACAGUCGCCCAACCAGGUGUUCCACUCGUCCGAAGAGAUCAACAUACCGCUGCAGCAGAGGAGACCGGUCGCGCCGCAGCCGCAGAGGCCUAGCUUCCUGCAGCAGCAGCAGCAGCAGCAGCAGCAGCAAAACGAGUUCGAUUUCAGGAGGAAGUAGGGCACCGACGAAGGUGUCUUCCCGGACCGGCGGCGCGCGCCGUACGUGGAACACGAUGACUUCCGCGGUUCCGUGCGCACGGCGAACCGGAACGGGACGGUUUAGUGCACGUUAAGGAACAAUAUUUAUAACCCCCCCCCACCCGAUGUAUCCUCUCUCACUCACUCUUUCUCACCCUCUCUCAUUCUCUCUUUCGCUCCAUCUUCAUCUUUCCAUGAUGCUUUACGGCACAACACCGUGGAGACAUCGUCGAUCUGUAUUGUUAUUAUAAUUAUUAUGUACAUACGACGUUUUAUAUUAUUAUUUUAUUUUUACGUAUUUAAAACGAAAGUCCGAAAACGUAACCGACACUGUUUUCGGAGAGCGAUGGGCAUGUGGGCAUGGAUAUGGCAAGGUCUGGGAAAAAAACUAACUGAACUGCACCCGAACGUUUUUCAGUGACGGUUAAUGUUUAAAUACACGUCCUUAAACAUAAAGAGUACCUUUGAUUACCGUUCGAAUCGACAACAGGUGUUUUAAAGAAGGAACGCUGUCCAUCAACCCGUCAUCCGCGAAAAAAUGUUUCGAAACAAUCCAUCUUUAAAAAUAAUUACUCUCCACCACACACCGUUGCAACCGUCGUGUUUUGUGUGCCAGUCCACAUCGCGUCACUCUGCCGACGAUUACACACUUGAUAUAUUUUUCAAACUAUGUCAUCUUGCGUUUUGUAAUAUCGCGUAGUGUUCCGUUAAACCCAUUAUUUAAAAAUCAUCGUUGUGCAAACCGCAAGCAAAAUAUAUUUAUAACACGAAUCGCUCGCGGCAACGCGUACGUAUUAAUUGCAAGUCAUCGUAAGAAUUAUACGUUUACGACAACCGUUUUUUCUCCCCCUUUGAUCGACAUAAUUUUUAAAUUUCAAAAAUUGUAAUACAAAUCAUACUUUCAUACUUGCACUACACAUGCCAUUGUUCGAAAACCAUUAUGUAUAUUUAAUUUACUGUUUAUUUAUAAUAUUCUCCAUUAUAUUCGUAGUUUACGAAAAAAAAAAAAUAUCG